CCGUGCCCGGCCCCCAGCCCGGCCUGCGCUCCGCUUCGGGCGGGCGAGCCUCGGGCUACGCUCCUCUGCAGCUUCCUCCCAGCUAAACAUUCUGUGGCGCUGCCUUGUGCGGAGAACGCCGCGGUGUAGAACCCGAAACCACAGCCCGAGACUCCUUCUGGCGCUCCAGAGUGUUUUGCCCCAAUGUCUCUUAAAUAAAUGUCACUCUUCCGAAUAGUUCACAUCUGCAGUUCUUCAAUAGAGCUCUGAGUUUAUUUCAAGCUAUUGUCAUUUCUUGGUGUUAGCAUGCGCUGCUCCUCUUACCCGGGUAGGGCAAUUGUGGAGAUGGGUCUUGGCUCUGAUGCUGUGUCCAAGUCGCAGCGUAUGGCUGGACAGCCAAGAUUGCCGUAGUGGUGGAGAGAGGUACUGGCAUGAGUUGGUGGGUGCAUCAGGACUGCCGUGUUCUGAUGGCCUAGAGUGACAUUGGCUGAGCUCCUGAACCUCUAUUGCUCCCCUGUUCUCACCUUAAAAAUGGGUGUGAUGCCUGUGUGGCGGCCAGCUGACUUCGGUAGAAGCUUCUGAAGUGCUGUGGGGCCAGUCCCCCUAGCCCACAGAGCAUGACGAGUCCUGACAGGAGUCCUGUCACAGCCUGGCAGUCACUUGUCCACAGCCAGCUUUCCUUUAUCAGCUUGCUUGCUGCCUGCGCUCUUUUCCUGGCCUGUCCUUUCACCAGAAGAAAUGCGGAAAAACCAGUUCUGUGGUUAAUUGCUGCACUUCCCUCCACGCCCAUGGGGGCAGGUCUCGUCCUCCUGCUCGCUCCUCACACAGUCUGGGUGCACUUCAGCCUCCAGUCUCUGCCCCUGCCUGUUCUCAGCCGGCUCAGGUGCACCGACAGGCCUCUGUACCCUUUCCAUUAACCUUAAGCUUAGGUUCUCUUGCCUUCCUCUUUCCCCCUCUGUCUGCCAGAGCUUCUCCUUCUCUCCUGGAUAAGGAAGCGGGUUGGCCUGCAGGUGCAUAAGGUGCAGGCAGCUGCCCUCCUGGCCCUGUCCUGCCCUGCCUGGAGGGACACCAUUCCGAGGUGAUGGCUGGAGGAAACGAGCGGAGCAUGAAGGCCCUGAAGGAAGUGUGGAAAAGAGCAGAGAACUCUUUGUGUGCGGACUGCGGGAAGCCAGAUCCUGACUGGGCAUCCUCUACUUUGGGUGUCUUUAUAUGCCUCAGCUGUUCAGGAAUUCACCGCAACAUCCCUAGCAUCAGCAAAGUCAAAUCCCUGAAGAUGGACUACUGGGAUGAUGCUCAGGUGCAGUUUUUGGCCAAGCAUGGAAAUGCUGUGACUAAAGCCAUAUAUGAAGCUCACAUCCCUAUUUACUAUUACCAGCCAACCUUCAAUGACUGCCAAGUGCUGAGAGAACAGUGGAUACGGGCCAAAUAUGAACGCAAAGAAUUUACUGAGCCGGGAAAACAGCUGCCAUAUUCUGAUGGGGUGAAGGAAGGCAUCCUUUUGAAGCGAGGUCGAGACAACGGGCAGUUCCUACCCCGCAAGUUCCUCUUGUCUGAGAGAGAGGGAUGUCUGAAGUAUUUCACCAAGCAGGAUGGCAAAGAACCCAAAAUCAAUGUUAAAAUAGAUGUCAUCAAUGCUACAUUCCAGCCAGAGAAGAUUGGGAACCCCAAUGGGCUGCAGAUCACCUAUCUCAAAGACAAUAAGACCAGGAAUAUAUUUGUCUACCAUGAAAGUGGAAAGGAGGUAGUGGACUGGUUCAACGCCAUCCGCUCUGUGCAGUUCCAUUACCUGAAGGUGGCAUUUCCCAUUGCCAGCGAUAAUGAGAUUAAAAAUCGUUUGACGAGAAACUUCUUGAAGGAGGGGUACAUGGAGAAGACCGGUCCCAAGCAGAGGGAGGCUUUCAAGAAGCGCUGGUUCACGCUGGAUCACCGCAGGCUCAUGUACUUCAAGGAUCCUUUGGACGCCUUUGCUAAGGGUGAAGUAUUUGUGGGCAGUGGAGAGAAUGGAUAUAGUGUCCAGAAGGGAUUGCCUUCAGGGACACAGGGCAACUUCUCUUGGCACUAUGGCAUCACCAUUGUCACCCCUGACCGGGAAUACCUCUUCACCUGUGAGACAGAGACUGACCAGCUGGAGUGGAUCAGAGCCUUCACUAGUGUCAUCAACCAGGCCAUGACACCACAGGAAUAUGCAAUUGAAGCCUACUUCAAGUUUAAGUCCUAGGAAGCCAUGCAGGAAUCUCACUAUGACUCAACUCUACCUGGUCCUAUUGGGUUGCUGUCAGGACAGGAGAGGAGAUUGACAUCAGAGAAACACAGUGCUCUUGGAGCACCCUUUGAAGCACUUUUGCCCCCAUAUAAUACCCACUUUGUUUUGAGGGCCCGAUUAAGCUGCUUCUUUUCAAGGCAAGAUUUUGUGCAUCUGAAUCCUCAGUACAGCCUGUCCCUGUUAAAUUGCUGUCAUCUGACUGGAUGCUGACAGGUCUUGCCUGUCAGUCAGGCCUUGAAAACUUUGGCACUUACUGUGUUGGGCGUGGGACCUAGCAUCACUCCUGCAUGAAACUGCAGACAGCCACCCACCUGGUGAAAGAAAACUGGCUGGAGCCAGGCACCCCAGCUGGUUACAGCGGCUGCUGGACUAAAAGAGACUGUUCCUUUACAAGAAAUAUCAUACCUGCUGGUGACAGAGAUGUGAAACAUCUUGAUAUUUGAUCAGUUAGUGCAGUGGUUGAGAAAGGUCACUUAAAAGAUGAAACCUAACAGCCAAAUGUGAGGCCUGUUUCUUUCUGCCAUGUAUGGGCUUGAAAGCUUCUUCAGACCUUCCACCAAAUGCUUCAGAGGAGACUAAGAGAUCGUCUCAAAAAUAAUGUGAAUAUACAUUUGGGUAUGUGUAUACAUUAUAUACACACAUAACAAAAAGUGAUGGAGGUGAAAUGCUGCCCUAGGGAAAACACCCUGAGAUGUAUUCAUGCCACUGAAGAUCAGCUGCCAAACUUGGCAAAAUGGAGAAGGGUUGGGUCUUGCAAGGAGAAGCUGAUAACAUGUAUAGAGUUCAGAGUCUGCUGUCUCUACUACUUCAGGGUUGAUGCUGAAUAUAAUAAUACAUGGA